CGAACCCAUCCGAGACAAGUUUUUUCAGUUUCAUGCGCAGCAUUACUUAGUUUAUUUAUUUGUAAAUAAGUGUACAUAAAUAUUUAUGAAUUUAUAAUUAAAUUAGCGCAAGUUUUCAUACAGUGAAACAAGUGCAAAUAACAUUAAGGAAUCUUAUAAAGCAUAGUUAUUAUCAAUCAAGUAUUUUGAACCAAUCUGGUUCAUCGCUAUGGUGAUGGAGGCUGACCCCAUCGCGGACAAACAUACAGAAGAUAGACUGCAGCAUCGGAGCAUAGCUGGCGGCGACGUGCAGCAUGCUGAGAGAACACUCAGCGCUCUGGACCUCAACAUGACGUACGGGGCGCCCUCCAACCUGGUCCUCACACCGGCGCCAGAAUGUCGUAAACUGUCCAGGGGUAUAUCGCGGGCCACAGACAACGAAGGCCUGGUGUGGGCGCUCCGUAGCAACACCGAGCCGGAGCUAAACAACCUCAGCUCGGACCACAUUCUGCUACUGCCCGAUAUAUCCGUGUACCCACCAGACUUCAGAGUAUUUUUGGAAAAGGACCUGCUGGAAACAGCUACGCUAAUUACCCUCGAGUCGGCCAAUAUCUUGAACUGGUGGCGCGGCAAGGUGGUGGGUGCUCCGCGGUUACUGCCGCUGGCUACUUCGGGAGACGGGAACUGUCUGCCUCAUGCUGCCUCGUUGGCCGCCUACGGCUUCCAUGACCGACUGUUGGCUUUGAGGACCAAAGUACAGGCGUUGUUGUGUGGAGAAGAGGGAGACGAUAUUACAAAGGCGAUCCGUCGCCGCUGGCGCUGGUCGGAGAGCGUGUGCCUGCGCGCGGCCGGCCUGGCGCUGUCGGAGGCGGAGUGGGCCCGCGAGUGGCGCCAGUCCGUGUCGGCCGCGUCGGCCGAGCCGCGGCCCGCGCUGCCGUCGGCCGCGCCGCACUACGCCGGCCUGGAGCAGCUGCACGUGUUCGCGCUGGCACACGUCAUGCGGCGCCCAGUCGUCGUGUUCGCCGACCACGCGCUGCGGGACUAUCGCGGUGAUCCAAUAGCGCCGAUACCCUUCGGUGGUAUCUACCUGCCCUUGGAGCUGGACCCAGCCACGUGCAGCAAGGCACCGAUCCUGCUGGCCUAUGACGCGGGCCACUUCUCCGCGUGCGUGCCCUGCGAGCCGUUGCCUGAUGAUGGAGCUAGAGUACCCUUAGAGGACGCUAUGCAGAACCCUCUUCCCAUCAGAUUCAGUGUAGACCCAGGCGAAGAUUUCCCCUGGGAUGUGGAACCUGACCAGAAGAUGAUCAACAAUCUGCUCCCUGAUGAGUUCCAGCGUUCGGCAAUGCUGGAGGCUUACUUGGACUUGGAGAGGGUUGAGUGUCUGACUCCUAGCCACCCCCCUGAGGAGUUAAGAAGGUCCUUGGACGCUCUUUCCACAAAGAGCUCGAAGCAAAUGAAUUCCGUGGCGAAGCAGUUCGGUAGUAUCGGAAGGUCGAUGAGCAGCAAGCUGAAGUCGCUGGGCUCCAUGGCCAAGCUGAGCAAGCUGAGCGGCAGUGCGAGCAGCCCGUCCGAGCUCAGGAGUGGCGGCCACGUGCUGUGCGGCCGCGUGCUGGCCGGCAGGGCGCCCGUGCAAGACGAGAUGGUGCAGAACUACCUCAACGAGGCCUGGCUCGGUUACACCAACCAGAAAACCCGUAAAGAGAGCGAGACAGCACCGAGUCAGCCGCGCUACGGGACCGGCCGCUCACAGUUCUACGCCGAGGCCGACUCCACCGCACACCAGCUCACCAAGACCCUCGCGACCAGAUCUGCGAAGCCCGCGCAGGACCGCACCCUGUACUUGUCCAAGUCCACGUUCUACGACGACCGCCCCCCCUCGCCCCGCCCGUGCCGCGCCCCCCUCUGCCUGUACUAUGGCAGCCCGGCCUACAACGACUACUGCUCGAGGUGCUCCAAACUGCACUAGCCGGAUACAGGAUGUUGUCGACUUUUUUUGCAAUUUAUGUUGUUGAGUUUGAGGCUCUCUUUUGGUAAGAAUGAAUUAUUUUCAUUACGCUUCAUGCUUAUUUGGGUACUCAUUUAGAUAUUAAAUAUUCUAUUGUAUAUCGAUACUUUAGUCACACAGUGUUACAAGCCUGAUAUUCUUAAUAUCAAAAUUAAAUUAUUAUUUAUACAUUUACUAGUUUUUUAUCGCUGAACAAUUGAUUAUAAAUGCAAUGUAUGUAUUAAUAUUUUUAGUGUGAAGUCUAAUAAGAUUUAUUAUUUUAUUGAAAAUAUAGCUUAUUGGAAGACAUAAAAAACAUUAAUUAAUUCUUAAAACUCACUGGAUAUAACUUCAUUUACAUACUCCAUUAUUUACAUUCGCCGAAUAUAACUUACGUAAAUUUAUUAUUUACAUAGCUUUUUAAUCAUUUCAAUAAAAUUUAAUAACAGUUUUGCCUAGUAACCCCUGACCCUGAAACUAGUAAAACCUGUAUCAUCGGGGUCAGCAAACAAAUUAAUAUCUAAUAAAGAUACAUUAUUUGUAUAUAUUUAUUAGCAGCUUAAUCAAACACAAACAAUAUUUUUUUUCGUAAUUAAAUACUUUUUAUGUCUUUGUAAUCGUUACCAUUUGGAAUUAUUUCUGCUUUCCCACGUAGUUAAAAACAAACGUAACAUAUUGAAGCGAAGCUUUUCAAAGGAAAAUUGAGCCGCUCGCCCCGCGGCUUCUAUCGAUUCGAUUUAAGUUACACGAUAUAAUAAAUGUGUAUACAGAAUGACAGCUGCUGCACCCUCUACACGACACACACACCUGAGGUGGUGGUCUUCUGUCUCGCUUUCACUCAAGUCAGUUUACGAGGCUGGCGUUGACUCUCUAUCUCUUUCUCUACUCAAUGCAUCCACGCCACUCACUUUUGAAAUUUGAAUAUCCGUUACGAUCAGCUGUUUCAUUAAUGCUUUCAAUCGAUUAUAAAUAAACCGUGUUAAUUGUCCAUCCCACCUUUUUCUAUUGAUUUUUUUUAUGCUUUAAACAAAAAUGCCUCGCUCCUUUCGGGCAUCCCUAGACUGCUCUGUUAUUUCAAAUUACAAUGUACUACUAAGUUUAGGCCAGAGUCUACUCGCCGUAAUCAUCUUGUGGCUGUAUCUACGAUGUUAGACAUCAUUAAGCCGCAGAUUCUUUCUAUUUCUGGGACCGUACCAUCAUAAUAAGCUCCAUAAGGUGUUAUGUCGGUAUGGUCUAAACAUGUCCAAAUGUCGAUCAACUGCACACGAAUGGCUCCUUUUGCAAGACUACUGUCAUACAGAGAGACUUCUGGAGGUCUUGAAAAUAAAAGUUAUUAUUAUUAUUAUGAUUAAGUUUUAAAAGUAAUUUUAACAACAAUUUCUAUUAGGAAUUGAUCAUUCUUAACUGAAUCCCACAGAAUAUCAGCCUUGUUACACUUUGUUACUGUGUCUAUAUUUUAAUUUUAUAAUCUCACAAAAUGUUUGUACGUUAUCUACGUUAACUAAAAUUUGUCACGAGUCAUUUGUUUAGAUACUUACCUAAUAGUAUUAACUUAGUAUAUAAGUGUUUGUGUUGAUUAGUUUUAUUUUUAAUUUGUAGAUUAUUUCCGAGCACUUAAUGUGCCAAAUGUUGCUUCCGAUUCAGCCAAGUUGCUAUACAAGUGGUAUUUUACCGUCAUAGUCAAACAGAAUAACGUUUGGUAUUUACUUAGAUGUUUUUGAACUACCUAAUAUUUACUUUACGACCGUAUUACGAUUAUAUUGUAGUAAUUAGAUAAAAUCACAUAAUAAUGAUAUUUUUGAACACAAUAAAUAAUGUAUUUUUUUACUAUUUGUAAAAAGGCAUAAUAGGCUUAUAUCUUACGCCACAUAUAGUAUCUAUAUAUAUUAAGUAAAAUGUAAACUUUUAUUGGGUGUUCAGUCUUAAGAAAGCGAAAGAUGAACUGUGUUCAAAGUCAAAGUGACAUGAAAAUUUUAUAUUGUUCCCGGAAAAGUGUAAUUAAAAUUAAGGUUUAUAUUUUAAACGAAUUCUUCAUAGAUACAAGAAAUUAUUAUUCAUGUAGAACUAUUGGUCGAGUCGAAAAAUGGAUCUUGAUUUUAGUCGACCACAUAGUGGUAAAAAUUUAUAACUUAUAAAAUUUAUUGUUUUUAUGUAAUCUUGGUGAGCUUCUUAACUUGUAAUAAACUAGUUCCUAUCACAAACGAUGAUAGUAUGUUACUUAUUUGACAGAUGCGUAAUAUUUUUUAAUUGCUAGCUAGCUAUAUGAUACUUGUACGGUUUAUUGGGUACAGGGUAGGUUACAUUUUAAGUAAUGUAAAACAUUUGCAAGGCGAAUUUAGAGUAUGGAAGUGUUAACGUUCGUUUCGCGAAGGUUCCCCUAAGUAGUGUCGGUAUUUUGUGCCUCAACAACGGGUCUGUGCUUAUCGUUCUCUGUUGUUCUGAACAAAACAACUUGGCGAGUAAACAGAGCUAUAGUUUUAAUGGAUAGAUCAUUUUGGACGCUCCUCAUCGUGUCCACGGACUUUUAAGUUUCAUUAAUGGCAUGCCCAUAUAGCUAACACAUAUUAUAGAACAGAAUAAAAUAUAUACUGAUAAAAAACCACCACUACACGAAAUAUAUAGAUAUAUUUCCUUAAUGUUUUAUUACAAUAAUUGCAUUAAUGUUAAAAAAAUGACUACUUAAAACCGUUUUGAAAGAUAAAGAAUAAAAAGGGCAAUCAAUAAAUAAUGUUUAAUAUAACAAGUAACAGAUGAUUAUAAUUAAUAAUGAAAAUAUAUAAAGCAAACUUCUGUAUAUACUUAUUGAAUCUGUGGAGAGUUGUAACUUUUCUUUAUAAAUAAAUCAUAAAAGUUAAAUAAAUAUCGCUAUGACAGCAGUAAUAACUAAAUAUCAAUAAACCUUGAUGGCUGUUAAGAAAUACUACAAAAUUAGAACUACUACGAAGUUAAGUUAAAUAUCGAAUAAAACUCAUAUUAAUUUUAUUAUAGUUAAAAUAAUAAAUUAAAUAAAUAUAAUAAUAAAUAAAAAAAAUAAAAAUUAUAGUUAAAAUAAUAAAUUUCGUCGCAAAGCAGUAAUAAUUUCGGUCAUUGACCUUUUUAAUGGUUGCCGAUCACACAUCAAUACAUCUAUGGAAGCGCGAAUUGGUAUUUGUAUGAAUGUGAGAAAUAAAUGUUUUCUGUAAUAUGGAAAUUAACAUUGCCAUAAUAAAAUGCAAAAUCAUAAUCGAUUGACGGUAUACAUAAAAUCUGGUUUCAAAAUAAUCUUAAAUUUAUAUCGAAUCCACCGUUAGUCGCUUCAAAUUUCAGAUAGGAGCAGAAUUCGCAUAAAACACAGAGAUAGGUAAUAUAAGGUCAAUGUCCGAAAUUAUUUGUGCUCUGCGACGGGGAUGUAGUAAAAAGUAUAUAUGACAGUAAUUAAUCUCAUGUUAGACACAAUAAUGUCAAAAUGACACGCUGUUUUGUUUAACAUCCCAGAGAUUCACAUUGUGAGUCGCAAAUAAAAUAUCUUCGAGCAUGUCCUAGUAAUCAUGUAGUAAGUAUCCAAUCAGUCUACCUCGCAAUUCAUUGAAUACUUUUUAGAAUUAAUGCCAUCGGCUGUGGCCUUAAAAAAAAGCAAUAUUUGUACUUAAAUCUUUUGUUUUAGCUGCAAAAGCAAAGCGUUGAAACCUAUAAGAUCCUGUGUAAAGUAUAUUUAAAUUUUUCUGAAUUAAUUGUUUUUUUAAAUCUUGUUAAUAUCGACAGGAUUAACUAAAUCUGAGCUUAAAAGAGCGUUCUUCCAAUGUAACUGUAAAUAUAUUAUGUUGUGUAACCUUGUUAUGAAUACAGGUUUUAUAUUGUUAUUACACAAAUAAAGUUUGAAAAACAAAAUUUUAUGAACGAUGCUGGAUUCGAACCCACGACCUCCGGCGUUCCGUGCCGGUGCUCUAACCAACUGAGCUAAUCGUUCAUAAAAUGUUGUUUUUCAAAUUUUAUUUGUGUAUUAAUCCUAGAAGAGAGGGUUAUCACUUUAAAAAACGUAACAUAUUGUUUUGAUACUGUUAUUUUUUUUUCUAGUCCCUACAAUGUUGAUUUAGUGGUUUCUGGUUCAGAUAAUUCGAGCCUUGGUGACAGUUUUCAUAAUCUUCCCGAUAAUGAUCCACAAGCUCCUUCGUCUUCCUAUAACACAAAAGUAACAGGAAACGUAGAUUAUCUAUAAAUAAAUACCUAAUUACAAAUAAAUCCAAAUAUGUAUGUUACCAAAAUAAUACGCUUUUGUCGCAAGGUAGUUUUUGGCUAUGUUUUUUAAAAAUAUAUUAUCAAUGUUGUUUAUGAUUAAAUUGUUAAUCCGCAUAUCUGGACUAACUGCAAUGUAUUAGUUAUAUUUAAGUCAAUAAUUUACUCUAAAUCCCACCUCAUUUGUUAACAUUGUAACUUCAUCUUAUGGUUUGUUUCUAAUGCAGGUGAAAAAUGGCAACUUUAAUAAAAAUUUAAACAUUAUUAAGAAAGUUGAAUACAAUCAUGCGUUCACUGGACAGUAACAAGGUUUUAUAUAUAUAUAAUUAUUAUAUAAAGCAAAUAAAUGCUUUAUAUUUUUAUUUUUAUUCGAAUUCCUAAACGUCAUUUCAAAUUCUUUUAAUUGCACGGCGCUUGAUUUUCCUAGUGUUAAUGUGAAGGAGAAAUAAAGGUGUUCGCAGGAAUGCGACAAGGAAAGACAGUACCGUGUAAGUGACUGAUAACGCAGUGAUAAUUAUAUUUUACAUAUUAAAAUAUUCGUCCAUAGUUCUCCACAAAUAGUGUCCUAAACAUGCUCCUCUUUUCGAAUUUCUUAACGAACUUCAGUCCUAGUGGUUAGUGAUACCAAAUGGAAUUAUAUAAUAUAUUUAAUUAUAUUAUAUAAUAUUCGUGGCCUGUUUUUAUCAGUUAGAGACUAUCUAGACGUAUAAAUUAUCUUACAUGAAUACCCUAUUAUAUACCCUAGAUUUACCUGCAUUAGAAUCCGACUUAACAUUAACGCCUUAUAGAUCUGUGAAAAUUAACUGAGAUUAUAUGACAAUGUUAAUAAUGUACUUGUAAAGAAAUAUAUAUUAGUGUUUUAAUAUUAACCAUAUUAAAUAAUAGCGAUAGAGUGAAAUGUUAUAUUUUUUCAUUAACGUGUAUAGAAAUAGGGUUUGCAUAUCAUGUUUCUAGAAAUUAUAAGCGGUUGCUAAUUAAAUUGUUUUAUUUUA